CAAUUUUGGGCGUUUCUUAGUGCGAUAGUGCUCUGCUAGGGUUUGGCUUGCUCCGUGCUUUUCUGGCCGCCACCGCCUUCCCCUUGGGGAGAAUCUCCCCUGGGAUGUCCUCCGCUUUUCCCCCCCCUCCGCUCUACACCCCCUCAUCAUCCUCUUCCACUCUCCUUCUUAAAGAUUGGAAGAGCCUUAUUGCUACCCAGCCCCUUGUUUCCAAUGAAUUUACCUCUUCCAUCACUCACUUCCCCACUGAGAACGCCACUGCUCAUUUCACUUCCGCACAGUUCACCGCUGGAUCAUCUGAAUGGUCCCUCUCUCUAGUCGGAUACUCCAUCGGAAGGCGUCCGUACUAUGAAGCUUUACUCGCAACGAUCAAAAAAGCCUGGAACUUGAAAGGAUCCCUCUCUCUGCUUACCUUAGAUGACGGGUUCUUUCUGCUCAAGUUCAACAAUCGGGAGGAUUUUGACAUGGCCUGGUCGGGUGGCCCCUGGUUCUUCUUUGGAAAACCAUUCAUCCUUCAGAAGUGGACUCCGGAUUUCAUCCCUGUUCGCGAGGAGUUCCCCUCGAUUCCCCUGUGGAUCAAGAUUAAAAACUUCCCUCUGUCUUGCUGGACGCCGGAGGGGAUCUCAAAGAUUGCGAGCUGCGUCGGCAUCCCGCUUGCUGUUGACGCUUUAACUGCUGCCAAAACGAGGCUCACCUUUGCUCGGGUGUGCGUCCAGGUGAGUAGUUCCUCCCCCUUACCUGAUGUGAUCUACUACACGGUGGAUGACAAAACCUUUCCCCUUACUGUGCUUUACGACUGGAAGCCUACCCACUGCUCCUUUUGUAACUCAAUCAUGCAUGCCCCUAAUGCCUGCCCUAAAAACCCAACCCCUCAGACCACCGAAACAUCCCAAAACCGUGGGAGAAGCACUAGCCGUAAACCCCGGAAACUUCCCCCUAGACUGAACAUUCCUAAACCUCCCAACUCCUCUACCUUCCAGCCUCAACCGCAGCCCCAGCAGAUAUCUCAACCGCAGGCCCAAACUCCACCACAGCCUCAACCUCAGCCUCCUACAACCCAACCAUCCACCUCUCUUUCAACAGCCCCUGCUUCUGCAUCUGUUGAAAUAAACACCCUCAUUCCUAACCUUAAUUCCCCUUCAGAAGACUUUAUUCCCCCCUCACCCAACACCAUUACUUUUUCACCUACCACUGUGUCUACCUCCCCACCUGUCCCAACUAAAAACAAGUUUGACGCCCUUAAUGACCAAGACCCGGCUCCUGAGUCAGCCACUUCCCAAGUAAUUACCUUACCUUCUUCCUCUUCCAACCCCCACGAUAACCCGGACAACCCAGCAGAUACAUCCAAUAAAACCAUGGCCACCAGCAAUAGUCAAACCAAACAACCAAUU